AGCCGUAGCCUAUCUCCUCUUUCACUUUCCAACACGCCGACGUCGAGAAGGAGAUAUUUGUUAAUGGCUCCGAAGCGCGCCAAGAUCGUGAGGACCACCAAGAAGGUGGUCGAGGAGACCGUCGAAGUCCUCGGCGUGGCCGUCGAUAGCCAUAACAGCGUCAACCUCCCGGCCGAGUCGGACUCCAAGAUUGUUGAGGUUGUGGUGGAGGAUGAAGUCCCCAUUUCCGUCGUUGUCGUCGCUAAGGACAAGAAAACAGAGCCUGAAACAGAGCAGAAGCAAAGAGCCGAGGAAGCUUCCCUGGAGACAGAGGAGCCGCUUCCGAAGCAGAAGGGAGACGAGGACGAUCGUAGCAAAGAAAAGGAAGCGGCCGAGUUCAUCGUCGACAUGGAAACGAAAGAAGAAGAAGGGGGAGACGAGAAAGAAGAAAAGGGUGAGGAGGACCAGAGGGUGGAGAAGGAAGCAGAGCUUCCGACGCCCAAGAAGGUGGAGAAACGAAAGGAAGCGCCCGUAAAAGAGAGCAAGAAGGGAGGGAAGCGGAGGUGGAGGAGGAGGUUGGGCGGUGGCGAGAUGGACGGCGUGGGCGGCGGGUACAAGAGGUACGUGUUCCGGGUGCUGAAGCAGGUGCACCCAGGGCUGGGGAUAUCUGCGAGGGCGAUGACGGUGGUGGACUGCAUGAUGGGGGACAUGUUCGAGCGGCUGGCAAACGAGGCGUCACAGCUGUCGACCUACUCAGGGAGGGCGACGCUGUCAUCGAGAGAGGUGCAAGGGGCGGUGCAACUGGUGUUGCCGGGGGAGUUGGGCAAGCAUGCCAUCGCCGAGGGAAGCAAGGCCGUUGCUAACUACAUGGCGGCCGCGUCGGGCAGCGGCUACUAGUGGGAGCGGGUAGCGGAGAUGUGGGAGGGUUGGCCGGACAUUGUUAGUGUAGUUAGUUGUAAUAGACA